AUGGACGGAGGCGCCGCGAGCAACGCAGUGCUGCCCACCAGCUGCCUGGAUGACUUCCUGCUGGAGUUUGACCAGGUGGUGCAGGACUUCGACAAGGGGGAAGCUUCUCAGUAUGAGCAGCAUCUGGAGGAGCUGAAGAGGAGGACCCUGCCCAGCCUGUACGACAGCGGCAUCGAUGACUCAGAGAGCAGCAGCACGUCUCCUGGCAGCAGCUUGAACACCAGUGAGGAAGAUCUCAACACUCCCGUGACCACGCCCUGUUCCACAGCCAAACUCGGAGACACUCAAGAGCUGGAGGACUUCAUUGCAGACCUAGACAGAGUACUGGAAGUGUCCAGUCUCCAUUAUAAUCCAUCGUAUGCACGCAAGGGAGAGGAGAAGGAUAUAGACAGCACGGGUGCCCCAACAGCCUAA